AUGAGGGAAAAAGGAUUUGCAAAUGCAUUCUUCUUUUUAGCCAUCAACCAAUCAAUCAAUUAUAUAACCAAACAACAAUUCAAUCAUUUUUCGAUAGGUUUAUCAGAAUAUAGCAAAAAGAAAAUGGCAGAAAACGAAACACUUAAUACGGUACUCAGUUAUAUAGUAGAUGUAUUCUUGAUUCUAUCGAUUGUUGGUUCAGGUUUGACAGUGAUUACCUUUAUGCUGUUCCCAAAACUGAGGACAUAUCCCAUUAGAUUGAUUCUCUAUCUGUGCAUGGCAAUCUUUUUCGCACAAACAUUCUUCUAUGUUGCAUUCGAAGCGUACGACGGAAUCAUGUGUUUGCCAAGCGCAAUCAUUCUUCACUAUUUCUUCUUGGCCGAUUUCAUUUGGACAUUCUGUGUUGCCUUUAAUUUCUAUCAAAUGAUUGUAAAGAGAAACAGAGAUGCUGAAUCAUUCGAGAAAUACUAUCAUUUGGCUUCAUGGGGAUUGCCAUUCAUCUUUGUCAUUGCUAUCGCUGCCACCAAAAACUAUGUUAGAAGAGAUGCUUUCUGUUAUAUGAAUGCUCAACUUCCAGUAUUUUUAGGAUUCUUUGUUCCAGGUCUUUUGGUCGUUUGUGCCAAUGCAGUCAUUUUCUUCUUCAUUGCAAGAGAGAUUCACGACACCUUGAAGAAUGCUCCACGUUCCGACAAGAAAGAGAAAUCUAAAGAGUUCAGAGUUUACUUUUCAAUCUUUGUAUCGAUUGGUCUAUCUUGGAUCUUUGGUUUCAUCAUGACUUUCUUCAAUGAUGGUGUAACCGAUUUGAUCUUCUUGGUACUCUUCUCUAUUACAACUCCAUUACAAGGAUUCUUAAUCUUCUUAUCAUAUUGUAUCAAUGACAAGGUUAUCAGUAACUACGCUAGAAUAUUCUCAAAGUGCUUCCCAUUCUGCAGAAGAUGGGAGAACUUGGCCAAUACCACUGCCCAACCAUCAUCUACCACUGGUUCCAACAGCUCCACCAGUACACACAGCUCCAGAUCAGAGAAUCUAUCGUCGUCAACCAACUCUGUAUCGAUGACACCAAUCAAAUAA